GGGGCGGGGAAAAGCGGCGGUAAGCUGUCUGGUUAUAGUAAGUUAGCGAGGUAGCUAUAUAUUGUAAAUUACAACGAAAAUCCGAGGCAUAUUUAAGCAGAACCGAAGGUUUCCAUUGAUGCUUUUUUAAUUGUGCCGUUUGGACGGCGACGACCACGUAAAAGAGGAGGAAGAAGGGAGGCAUAAGGCAAUCAGGCAGGACCGGGGCUGACCCAGCAUAGGCAGCAUCUCCAGGAUGGCUACGGCUCGGCCGAGCGGCUGAACGGGCCUGGCAGCGGCGGCCAGUGAGCAUGGGCGAGCGGACGGGGGGCCCCAGCUGGCCCGGGGUCCCCACGGCAGUGCUCUACGGUUCCCUGUCGCUCUUCGUCUCCAUCCUGCACAAUGUGUUCCUCCUGUACUACGUGGAGACUUUCGUGUCCAUCUACAAGAUCGACAAGAUCUCCUUCUGGGUGGGAGAGACUGUGUUCCUGAUCUGGAACAGCCUGAAUGACCCCCUCUUCGGCUGGUUCAGUGACCGCUCCUUCCUCGGCUCGCAGGAGUCAGGCACCCAGCUGACCUCCCCUGAGGUGGUUCUGAAGAGGGUGCAGGCCCUGUCCUGGAGCGGACCCCUGUUUGCGCUCUCCUUCCUGGCCUUCUGGGUGGCAUGGGCCCCCCCGGCACUGCAGUUCCUUGCCUGCCUCUGUCUGUACGACGGCUUCCUGACUGCAGUGGACCUGAACCACAACGCGCUGCUGGCUGACCUGGCCGUGUCAGCGGCCGACCGCACGCGCCUGAACUUCCACGGCUCGAUCUUCAGCGCCCUGGGCUCACUCUCAGUCUUCCUGUCUCAUGGCUUCUGGGACAAGGCGGACCUGUUCCCCUUCCGGCUCUUCUGUGUGGUUCUGGCCGGCAUGUCGGCGCUGGGUUUCACGGUUGUCUCCCACCUGCUCCGACGCCGCUUCCAGAGUGGGGCCCGGCCGCGGUGGAGCGAGGCAGAGGCCCUGAAGGAGCUGUGUGUGGAUGCCGCCCCUCUGGCCCAUGACAAGCCCGUCACCCUGGGCCAGUACCUAAGGCAGCUGUCCAGGCACAGGAACUUCCUGUGGUUCGUGUCCAUGAACCUGGUUCAGGUGUUCCACUGCCACUUUAACAGUAACUUCUUCCCCCUGUUCCUGGAGCACCUUCUUUCAGACAAGAUCUCGGCCUCCACCAGUUCCUUCUUGCUGGGGAUCUCAUACAUCGCCCCCCACAUCAACAACCUGUACUUCCUGACGUUAUGCCGGCGAUUCGGGGUCUACAGCGUCAUCCGCUGGCUCUUCGUCCUCAAGCUGGCCUUGAGCGCCGUCAUGCUGCUGGCCGGCACCGACCACGUCUACCUGCUGUGCCUCUUCAUCGCCAGUAACCGCGUCUUCACGGAGGGAACCUGCAAGCUGCUCAACCUGGUGGUGACAGACCUGGUGGACGAGGACCUGGUCCUGAACCGACGGCAGCAGGCCGCCUCGGCGCUGCUCUUUGGAAUGGUGGCGCUGGUCACCAAACCGGGCCAGACUAUUGCUCCGCUCGCGGGGACCUGGCUGCUCUGCUUGUACACAGGCUACGACAUCUUCGAGCGCGACCCCAUGCAGGACGCCGUAGCUGUACGGGCCGCACCCAGCCCAGGGGCAGAGGUCACGGUUAAGGUGGCACUCCGCCAGGGCUGCUUCUACCUGCUGGUCCUGGUGCCCAUCACCUGCGCCCUGCUGCAGCUGCUAGCCUGGUCCCGCUUCACACUACACGGCCGGCGGCUGCAGACCGUCAAGGCUCUCCGUCAGGACCCGCACAACUGCCGCCCUAUGGAUGUCAAGGCUGUGUGAGCGCCGCCCUUGUGGCCAGAAGGUGAAUAAGUUAAGCUGGUGAGGGGGAUUGAGCUUGCUAAGAGAUUGGUGACUGAAACGGGAUAGUAGCCUUCCACAGAGAGACAAUUCUGCCACAACACCCUCUCUGACUCCCCUAAUGGAUAUGCUGCAGGGUGGGGUUGCUAGGGAACGGUAAACCUCUGUUUUUUAACUUUUAAACCAACAUACAGAACAGUAUUUAUGAGACAUUCCAGGCAUUUUUGCCCAAGUACAACCAACCAGCUGGUCGGUGGGGGCAUUGCAUUCUCACCCUGCUCUAAAACUAGCACCGGGUCUACAUUUGGUUUUUCUGCACUAUUGGAGCAGAAGCAUGUCAUCAAGCUGAAGUGCAGUUGUCAUUUUGAUUGCUAUUGCCAAAAAUUUUAUGAUUUCAUGUUUCAUGAUUUAAAAACUUAAAUUGUGUGGAGUUUUAUACAGAUUUAGGAAAAUAUUUUCUUAAUAUUUUGAAGGUAAUGACUGAACUGAGGAAAGAAGGAAAGACUUCAUACAUUACUUGCCUCCACAAACCUCAAAUGUUUUUAUGUUCUCUGUAUGUGUGUGAUCACAUGGAUGCCAGUAAAGUUCUCUUUAAAUUGUGGUUUUAGGGGCGGCGGUUAAAAUAACAAACCUGUGUGGUAAUGACAUUCCUCACCUAGUGGACGUCUCCAAGUCUGCUUCACUGCCGUUCGUUUAUGCCUGUAACCGAUCAGGGUCGAUCCAGGUGUUUUAUAAUGUCUGAGUUUUAAAAUGGAAAAUUUUGCAAAUGUAUAUUUUUACAAACUAACCCUGCCCGGUGUUUUGCAGUGAUGUAAAAUAUCUACGCAGACAUCCGAAGACACGUAAAACGUUUUAAGCGUUGCUUUUCAGCAUCAGGUUUACCAGUCCACGUCCACAAUUUGAUACUGAGCGAUAAAAUCUGUCCAAUGUGCCACCCGUCUUACGAUUUUAAUGCUAAUAAAUCAUACUGUACCUCA